CACAUCAAGUCCUCUCCUCUCUCCCUCCCUCCCUCUCCCUCUCCCUCUCCCUCAAAAUCCUCUGAAAAUGGCAACUGUGUGUAAAGUCUACACAGUCCAAACCCUCAAUUCAACAUGUUCAAUCUCCACACCCACAAAAACCCACUUGGGUUAUCCCCAAAAACUAGUUUUCUACAACAAGAAGACCAAAAUAACAUGCUCUGUUGAUGACAAGACUGUGGUGAUUGGUUUGGCAGCUGACUCCGGCUGUGGGAAGAGCACUUUCAUGAGGAGGUUGACAAGUGUGUUUGGAGGGGCUGCUGAGCCACCAAAGGGAGGGAAUCCAGACUCCAACACACUCAUAAGUGACACCACCACUGUGAUUUGUUUGGAUGAUUAUCACUCACUUGAUAGGACUGGAAGGAAAGAGAAGGGAGUGACUGCACUUGACCCCAGAGCCAACAAUUUUGAUCUCAUGUAUGAGCAGGUCAAGGCUCUCAAGGAGGGAAUUGCUGUUGACAAACCUAUUUAUAAUCAUGUCAGUGGUCUCUUGGACCCUCCUGAGAUCAUCAAGCCCCCCAAGAUCUUAGUCAUUGAAGGAUUGCACCCUAUGUAUGAUGAGCGUGUAAGAGACCUCUUGGACUUCAGUAUCUACUUGGAUAUCAGCAAUGAAGUUAAAUUUGCAUGGAAAAUACAGAGAGACAUGGCGGAACGAGGUCACAGCCUUGAAAGCAUAAAAGCUAGCAUUGAAGCCCGAAAGCCAGACUUUGAUGCUUACAUUGAUCCACAAAAGCAACAUGCAGAUGCCGUGAUUGAAGUGUUGCCAACCCAACUCAUUCCCGGGGACAACGAGGGGAAGGUUCUGAGAGUUAGGUUGAUAAUGAAAGAAGGAGUGAAGUUUUUCAGUCCAGUUUAUCUGUUUGAUGAAGGCUCUACCGUCUCAUGGAUACCCUGUGGUAGGAAGCUCACUUGCUCUUACCCUGGCAUCAAAUUCUUCUACGGCCCUGACACCUAUUUCGGCCAUGAGGUGUCCGUGUUGGAGAUGGAUGGACAAUUCGACAGAUUAGACGAGCUGAUCUACGUCGAAAGCCAUCUAAGCAACAUCUCCACCAAAUUCUACGGCGAAGUCACCCAACAAAUGUUGAAGCACGCAGAUUUUCCGGGCAGCAACAAUGGGACUGGUCUCUUCCAAACCAUAGUCGGAUUGAAGAUCAGAGACCUCUACGAGCAACUUAUCGCUAGCAAGGCUGCAGCUCCACUGCAAGCCACUAAAGCCUGAAAAGAUUAAGCCAAGGCUUAUCAACUCAUCUAAAAAUCAUUCUUCUCCUUCAGCCUUUCCCCUAAAUUUUCUCUAGAUUUUAUUUUCCACUCCCACUUUCUUGUUCGAGUGUUAGACUAUUCCUUGUAAGAAUGAUGAAACACUCCAUAGGUAUCUAUUUCCAAUUGGAAUUCUGUGGAGACUUGUAAUAUAGAGAAGCAAAAUCAGAAAUGACAAUCAAGUUCAGAAGUUCAAGAAACAUUUUUACCUUUUGGCA